CCUCGAUAAAUUUUUUUUUACAUUUUAUUUCUCUUUCGCUGUAAUUUUCAUAGAUGCUUUAUCAUCAGGAGUAUUCGCAACAUGCGAUGCCACAACCAGAACCGAUGUGCUCCAAUCGUGUCAAUAUGUUAACCAGUGCGUUCAAUCCCACUAUCUCAGGAGAUGGAUAUCCUAUGGACCAUCAAUCAUUUUAUCCAUUGCCAGAGCAACAAAUGCAACAACCAUCGCAACCAAUGCAAGCAAUGCAAGCAAUGCAACAGCCAUCGCAACCCAUGCCUAUGCCUAUGGCCAAUGAUAACAACUACCUUGGUUACGAUAAUACAGCGGACAUGAUGUGGCUUCAUUAUGCGCCUUUGACACCUGAACGAAACCUUUUGAAUUCAUUCCCUCCUCUCAGUGCGGCUUAUGAAGCUCAUUUUAAUGAUAUACCAAUGUAUUACCAAAACAAUUCAGUCAAUCCUGCCGAUUUGGGAUACCCUGUCGAUACGUUGGUGCUUCGGCCACACCUAAAGCCGGAGCAGCGCAAACGUUCCUCCUCUGUACCUCCGGCAUUCCACAGUGAUUUGUACCAAGCCAAGUUAUCACAUCAUCAACCUCCUCUACUGCCGACACUGACGAAGCCGUUGCCCACAAAAAUUGACCGAGUUCCUGCGGCUCCAGCAGUUCAAAAACCAAAGACUCAAAGUGAAUUAGACGACCAAUUACAAAAGGUCAAUUUCGACGAUGUUACCGUGGCAGAACUGAAAGAAAUGCUGCGCGAUCGCGGUAUGUCUGCUGCGGGCCGUAAGGCAGAAUUAUUGCAACGUCUUCGGGAUGAACGGGAUGCCAUGCUACAACAAAAACAGCAGUAUAACAAUACCCUGCAACCACCACCCAAUCCAAUGAUGGACUCGCCAUCCAAACCACCAUCACAGACUUCGGCUAGCUUCUCUCCAGCCUCAUCCGCUUCCCCCAAUCACGAGUGCCUUGUAGCAAGCGGCGCCUUACAUACCCCUCCUUAUAGCAACUACAUAGAAAAAGCAAACAAUAUGAAUGAUCCAGCAAAUUAUGUCAAUCGAGAGCCCUAUAUUGCUACAGAAAAUAUGGAUUGGUUCAACGAUCCUGCUCUCAAUGCAUGCAGCUUUACCAUGGCACCACAACAGCAAACUACCCAGUUGUGGGAUGAUGAAGAAUUGAAAUCGUUUUUAAGCCAAAUGUAAUUAUGUCGUUUUAUCCACCACAUUGUGAAUAAUGCUGUGAAAAAUCCUGUUAGUUUUGAACCAAAUGUAAUUAUGUUGUUUUGUCAUUUUAAGUAAUAUCUUUUGUAAAAUAAUGCUGUGAAAGUUAUCUCUUGUGUUUCACUUUGGCAUGGGGUUCGAUCUUUGAUAACAGCCGUA